AUGGCUUCUACAUCGGUCAUUCAGCACCAUUUCAGUCCUCUAGGCCCAGACGAAAGGAUCACCAUUCCCGAAUUGUUUGGUAAGUAUAACCCUGACUAUGUUCCCGCAAGCAAGGUUGUCCACAUCGACACUCUGGCCAAUAAGAGUAUCACAUAUGGCGGCCUCCGAGAUGAGGCUGCUAAAGGUGCUUGGGGCUUAAAACACAACUUGGGAAUGAAGGAGCAAGAUAGACUUCUCGUUCUCGUGCCGAACUCAACUGACUUCAUCGUCCUAUGCCAUUCCACGCUCUGGCUUGGCGCUAUUUUCUCCCCACUCAACAUUGCUUCACUUCCCAGUGACAUCGCACACUCGCUAUCUCUCAUUCGACCAACCCACCUGGCCAUCGAUCCAGCAAAGUUAAACCACGUGAAGAAAGCUUUUGAGAUUCUCGACUGGAGCGGUGCUUCCCUUCCUAUAGUAUUUACUGUGACUCACAAGAGUUUCGGCCUCAAGUUGUUCCCAGAGGACAUUUCUGGCCGGUCCCCCAAUGAAUCAUUGCGACCCUUUCAGCUUGGAAAUAGAAGCGCCAAAGAUGUGACUGCCAUGGUCAUGUUUUCAUCAGGAACUACUGGUAAAACCAAAGGUGUCCAACUUUCUCACUACAACAUCGUUUCCAGCUUGAUACAGGUGCGAGCCGCUAUCCCCACACUUUUGAACUACAGUACCCGAGGAGUCUUUUUCGCACCAUAUUGUCAUAUAUAUGGCAUGAGUACCGUAGUACUGAGUGGAAUGUAUGUCGGAAACUUUACGUGCGGUAUCCCGACGUUUGAUUUCAAUCUCUACUGCAGCAAAAUGGCCGAGUACGAGGCUACAAUGGCUCAUAUUGUGCCUCCUAUUGCUAUAGCACUUGCCAACUGGAGCUUGUCUGCCAAGUACGACUUAUCCUCGUUGAAAGUAAUCCUGAUCGGCGCAGCGCCGACGAAGAAAGCUCUUCAGAUCAAACUCAAGGCGAGAUUUGGGUAUGGCCUAACGGAAUGCUCCCCAAGUGUCACGGUUCAAAGUCCAUUAGAUAACGAGGAAAACAUUGGAACCAUUGGAAGACUAAUUCCGGGCACGGAUGCUCGGCUCGUCGAUCCCGUCACAUUCAAAGAUGUACCUUUCGGAGAGGAAGGGGAGCUCUGGUUGAAGGGCCCGCAGGUGAUGAUGGGAUACUACCGCAACCCGGAGGCUACGAAGGCCACAUUCUCGGGUGGAUGGCUACGUACAGGAGAUGUGAUGCGACUCGAUGAACAUCAGAACCUAUGGGUCACUGAUCGACUGAAAGAGAUGAUAAAAUACAAAGGAUUCCAAGUACCACCCUCAGAAUUGGAAGACCUUCUACUCAAGCACUCUUCCGUCAUGGAUGCCGCAGUCACCUCGAUAUAUUCCGAUGAACAGGCGACUGAAAUCCCGAUCGCCUAUGUGACAUUGGUAAAUGAUAUCCCCUCCUCACGGAAACCACAAACUUUACAAUAUAUCCGUGAAUGGUUUGAUGGGCAAGUGGUAGGCUACAAGAAGCUGCGUGGAGGCAUCUGGGAGCUAAACCCGAUACCCAAGACGGCUUCGGGGAAAAUUCUAAGACAGGAAUUGCCUUGCAAGAAAGUGGUGGCUGCGAGCAGAGCUACGAAACUAUAG